CAGAAUUUCAUACAUGGCUAAAACUCGUUGAGUCAGUACGCCCUCUCUCUCUCUCUCCCUCCCACUGAUUUUCCCUCCAUUUAGGCUCUUCGCUAAAAUGCGCUCCAAGGACAGAAUCUCCUACUUCUACGAUGGGGACGUUGGGAAUGUCUACUUUGGGCCAAACCAUCCGAUGAAACCGCACCGGCUGUGUAUGACUCAUCAUCUGGUUCUAGCUUACGGUCUCCACAACAAGAUGGAAAUUUAUAGGCCUCAUAAGGCAUAUCCAAUGGAGCUGGCGCAGUUCCAUUCAGCUGAUUACGUUGAGUUUCUGCACCGGAUAACGCCUGACACUCAACAUUUAUUUGGGAUUGACCUCAAAAGAUAUAAUCUUGGAGAAGAUUGCCCUGUAUUUGAUAACCUGUUUGAGUUUUGUCAAAUUUAUGCUGGUGGAACAAUAGAUGCUGCGCGUAGAUUAAACAAUCAACUCUGUGAUGUCGCCAUAAAUUGGGCUGGUGGUUUGCACCACGCCAAAAAGUGUGAGGCUUCAGGAUUUUGUUAUAUCAAUGAUCUAGUUCUGGGAAUUUUGGAGCUUCUCAAAUAUCAUCCCCGAGUUUUGUAUAUUGAUAUUGAUGUACAUCAUGGAGAUGGUGUGGAAGAGGCCUUUUAUUUUACAGAUAGGGUAAUGACGGUCAGUUUCCACAAGUAUGGAGAUAAGUUCUUUCCAGGAACAGGGGAUAUGAAGGAUAUAGGAGAAAGAGAUGGGAAAUUUUAUGCCAUAAAUGUGCCAUUCAAGGAUGGAAUAGAUGAUUCCAGUUUCAUUCGUCUCUUCCGAACAAUUAUUUCAAAGGUGGUUGAAACAUAUAUACCAGGAGCAAUAGUUCUCCAAUGUGGGGCAGAUUCACUAGCUGGUGAUCGUUUGGGCUGCUUUAACCUCUCCAUUGAUGGUGCUAGUCUACUUGUAAUUAAAGUUCUUUUUGGCCAUCAUUCUACCUUUUGCAAGCACAGCUUAGUUGUAUAUCUUUUCCCAAGUAACCUUAGUUGCAACUAUCUUGGUGAUUUUUACUUGCGUGUGUUUUAUAUGAUGCUUCUUGCAGGGCAUGCUGAAUGUGUUCGGUUUGUGAAGAAAUUUAAUAUUCCCCUGCUGGUAACUGGAGGAGGGGGGUAUACAAAAGAAAAUGUUGCUAGAUGUUGGGCUUAUGAAACUGGGGUUCUUCUAGACUCAGAGCUUCCUAAUGAGAUACCUGAUAAUGACUACAUCAAAUAUUUUGGCCCCGAUUAUUCACUGAAGAUUCCUGGUGGGCACAUUGAGAACUUGAAUAGCAAGUCAUACCUUGGCACCAUAAAAUCACAUGUAUUAGAAAAUCUUCGAUACAUCCAGCAUGCUCCUAGUGUGCAGAUGCAAGAGGUGCCUCCUGACUUCUAUAUUCCCGAUUUUGAUGAAGAUACGCAAAAUCCUGAUGAGCGUUUGGAUCAGCAUACACAAGACAAACAAAUCCAGCGAGAUGAUGAAUAUUAUGAAGGUGACAAUGACAAUGAUCACUCCAUGGAUGAUGCAUGAUGAGCUAUUACCUACCUCCUUGGAGGGAUUACUAGGUUCAGACUUGAUUAGGUAAAUGUAAAUCUAUAUUGUUUUGCCUCAGAAAGAGGGAAUUAUAACCAUUCUAAUGUUGUUUUUGUGUCCUUUUUGGGUAUAAAAUUUGGGUGGACUCUUUUGAUUAUCAA